CAAAGUGGGACUCUCUGUUUCUACGUCUUCGUCGUCGCCGCUGCCGCCACCGCAGCCGCUCUCUGCGUUCCCCAUGACGUUCCCGGUAGAAGUAGACCGAAUAAUUCUGUCCUGCCGGUGGAACAACAGUUGGAGAGGGUUGGUAGAGGAUUGUGUGCUACACUAAUAGUUUACUACCUCAUUGACGUAAGCACGUAAUACGUGCUCGACUGGCACGUCGGUGCCAUCUGCGCACGCGCAGCCUCUUCUUCUCUCCCGGAACUUGCCGGAAGUAAUUGCAAUGAUGAAGAUGUCUAUUGAAGAAUGUGGAUAGAGAGAAAAAAAAUAUGUUAAAUUAUGUAUUUUUAUCAGUGUCGUGUGCGUGUGCGGCAGUGUUGUUGUGUUUUUAUGUAGGAAUUAAAUCAACACCCUCGAGGCUGCUGAGCAGACAAGAAUUAUCUUUGUAUGACGGACAGGAAGGCAGCAAAGGUGUUUACCUGGCCAUUUUAGGACAGGUGUUUGAUGUACAAACCGGCAUCAAACAUUAUGGACCAGGUGGUGCUUAUCGCUUUAUGGCAGGUUUGCUGGUAGGUCGCUUCUACUCAGAAAGCGGAGUGGCCACAGAGGACCUGCUGCGUGUUGAAGACAUGCUUAAAGAAGGCCAGCAGAUCAAAGCCAAGUUCGAAGAACAGACGCGUCGGUUUCCUGCUUGUAACUCAGAGUGGAGCCCCGCUAGUGGAGGAAGAGUUUGGUGCUCCACCAACAGUGGUGGACUACAAAGAAGCUGGACAGGUGUACCACGGAAGCUCUUUUCUCCAGGAGCUCGUGGUGUUCAAUGUGUUUGCGUGAAAGAUACAUCUGCAGCCACGAAGGACCUCAAACUUCAGGAAUAUGAAGGCUGCUCCACUUAUGCAGAGUCCUGCUCUCUGUUAGAAAAUGAUUAAUCAAACCACAAUUUGCAGAAGCUUCUGUUCCGAAUGAUGUACAUUUAAAUUUGUCAAAUUCACUGUAAUUCAUUAACUUGGCAAUGCAUUGCUUUAAUUGGUUACCUGAAAAGGUAUGUUGUCAAUGGUCAUACAAUCAGUGAUCAGGUCACAAAUGCAAACAUUAGUCCGACUAUUGUGUUCUGUGGCCAUUUCACUCCAAAGUACCUCAACUGAACUUUAGAUCAAACAUUUUGAGUUAAUAAAUUACAUACAUUUAAGUAACACAUUUAAAAUGUUAAGGCCAUUCUGACAAUAAAAUUGUGUCAAAA